UUUUGUCUUUCUGGACCACCUAGCUUCCCGUACUGCCACUCACUCUUUUCUCAAGUCGCGAGUGUACUCGUAGCAGCAGAGUUGCUAACUUUGACUUCGGCUCAGUUUCAGUGCCACUUCUGCCAGAGGUUGAGCUCAUAGUCGGUGUGGUGAAAAUGCGUUUAGCGUGCUCUGUUGUUGUCAGUCUCAUACUGAUCAUUGGAUCUUCAGAGGGCAGCGAUGUGCUCGAGCUUGGAGACUCAGACUUUGAUCGCACUGCAGCCAUGCACGAGACUAUGCUGGUAGAGUUUUUCGCACCUUGGUGUGGUCACUGCCAGAGGCUGGCUCCUGAAUAUGAGACUGCUGCAACAAAGCUGAAAGGGACAGUGCCUCUAGCAAAGGUUGACUGCACAACAAACUCUGAGAUCUGUGAACGAUUUGGAGUAAAUGGAUACCCCACACUUAAAAUCUUUCGCAGUGGAGAGGAAGCUGGAUCCUAUGAUGGGCCCAGAACAGCAGCUGGAAUUGUCAGCUAUAUGAAAAAGCAUUCAGGGCCGAGUUCUGUGGCUCUGGUCAGUGAGGUUGAUUUGGAUUCUUUUGUUGACAACUUUGAGGCCAGUGUGGUGGGCUUUUUCUCUGGGGAGGACAGUGAGCAGCUUGCAGAGUUUCUGAAGGCAUCUAGUGCCAUGAGUGACAGCUAUCGAUUUGCUCAUUCUACUGAUAUGGGAACAGGUCUGAAAUACGGUGUAGUUGAAGAGUGUGUUCUGCUGUUUCGUCCUCCACGCUUGAACAGCAAGUUUGAGGACAGUGUGGUGAAAUACACUAAACCGGUUUCAUUGUCCUCUCUGCGUACAUUCAUCAGAGACAAUAUUUGGCUCUGUCCACAUCUGACCACUGAGAACAGGGAGAGUCUGAGGGGAAGUGACCUGCUUACAGCAUACUACAAUGUAGAUUAUAUACGGAAUAUUAAAGGCACAAACUAUUGGAGAAACAGAAUAAUGAAGGUGGCGACACAAUUCCAGGGUCGAGGUUUGAAUUUUGCGGUGGCAGAUAGACAGGAGUUUCAGGAUGAACUUGAGGAGGAGUUUGGUUUGGGUCUGUCAGAGGAAGGAGACGUUCCCCUUAUCACCAUCCGGACCAGUGCGGGACACAAGUACAGCAUGCAGGAGGAAUUCACGAGAGAUGGGAAGUCCUUGGAGAGGUUCUUGGAGGAUUACUUUGAUAAUAAAUUGAAGAGAUAUGUUAAGAGUGAGCCUGUUCCAGACUCUAAUGAUGGCCCUGUCAAGGUUGUUGUGGCUGACACAUUCGAUGAGAUUGUAAACGAUCCACAGAAGGAUGUGUUGGUUGAGUUUUAUGCUCCCUGGUGUGGCCAUUGCAAGAACCUGGAGCCCAUAUACAAGGAGCUUGGAGAAAAGCUUUCUGGGGACCCCAGCAUUGUUAUAGCCAAAAUGGAUGCCACUGCAAAUGAUGUUCCUCCUAAUUAUGAUGUCCAAGGAUUUCCAACAAUUUACUUCGUACCCUCUGGACAAAAAGAGCAGCCACAGCGAUAUGAGGGUGGUCGGGAGGUUAAUGACUUCAUCAGCUACUUAAAGAAAGAAGCCACAAAUCCACUCGUCCUUAGCGACUCAAGGGAGGAACUGUAAACAAACAUAGAGAGACUGACUUUAAGGUAGAGAUAUGUACAGAGCCACACUGAAGAGAUCAUUUGAUCGUCAGUACAACAAUUUAUUUACAGCCUCAAAGCAGCUAUUUAGUAUGAAAUUGAAUGGGAUUAUUGAUGCCCAUUUGGCCCACUGCUAAAGCUGGUAUUCACUUGUAAAGUGUUACUGACUGUAAACUGAAACUGGGUAUAUGUUAAAGGGAUAGUUUACCCAAAAACGAAAAUUCUGUCAUCAUUUACUCACUCUCAUGUUGUUACAAACCUGUAUACAUUUCUUUGUUCUGAUGAACACGAAUGAAGAUAUUUUGAGAAAUGCUUGUAACCAAACCAUUCGUGGACCCCAUUUACUUCUAUAUUAGGAAAAAAUAAUAUUAUGGAAGUAAAUGGGGUCCACAGUUUGUUUACAAACAUUUCUCAAAAUAUCUUCCUUUGUGUUCAUCAGAACAAAGAAUUGUAUACAGGUUUGUAACAACAUGAGAGUGAGUAAAUGAUGACAGAAUUCUCAUUUUUUGGUGAACUAUCCCUUUAAGGAUUGUUGUUUAAAAUGUUCAGUGCUGAUGUCUUUUAAAAAUCAGUUAUUUAUCAAUCUGCUGCCUUUUUUCAGUUUUCAGCCAAAAUUUUUGUUCAAGUCAUUUGCAAAUUCACUGCAUAUAAGACAAUUUUCAGAUUUCCUACUGUGUUUACAACGUUUAUUUAAAUUCAUAGGUUAUACAUGUUAUUGUAGCAUCCUAAAACCGUAUGCAAACCAUAUGCUAAUGUAUAUCACUGCUUAAUACAAUUUCACCAACAUUUAUGCUGUUUUUAUAUUUAUUUUGGGAUGGGGUAUGGAUUACACCAAAUGUUUGCACAGCGUUUACAUUCACUUACAAUAGGAUUAGUUAAGUUUAUAGGUCAAAAAUGUAUGUGCCAAGAUCACAGGUGUAUCAUACAGUAGUUUUGUCUGAAUGCUUCUGUUUAAAAUAAGAAUCAGUUUUACAACAUUACAAACAUCUUCAUGUUUAGUUUACAAUCUGUGUGAAUGUUACUGCAAUGUACAUUGUCAUUUUAAGUAAUUAUGUUUAUGGUCCAUUUAGUCCCAUAAAAUUAUUUGUUUCAAAUCUGUACGACUAUGUUGGGUUUUUAUAACUGUGCAGUAACAGCCUGUGAAAAGAAUAAAAAAUGGUAAACGUUACUUUCAACUUCAUAUUUGUCUUGUCAAGUAAAAACAUCCAUUAAAGGCUGAUCUCAGAUCAGAUCCUCCGUUCAUUCAUGUGUGGAGGUGGGAGUUAACAACUUUCAGGCUAGUAAAUCUUUUAGCACUUAUUUCUGAAAUUGUGUUUAUGUAUUUAAAUGAGUUUUUUAUGUUUGCACCCACAAUAAAGGAGAAUAAACACA